AUGUCGAACAAGCCAAGAGAACAUAAGAACAAAGAUUUGUAUGACUUUUUAGUGGACAGUGAGCUGGCACAUUACUACACUGAUUUUACAACCAAACUCAAAAUUCUUGGCGGGAAAGAAAAAGGUGGAAGCCGAACACCCUUGCCAAUGACCCUGUCAGUUUAUGAGACAAGUAAGUUUGGUAGGCACAUCAUACCAAAUGAAGCACUCAGUAUUCAUAAAGAGAUCGGCAGAGGGGAGUUUGGCAUCGUGCAACAAGGUGUCUGGACGAACGAGGAGGGUGAGAGGAUCCAGGUAGCCAUUAAGUGUUUGAGUAAAGAUAAGUUGCUUGCUGGACAAGCAGACUUCCUGAAAGAAGCCACAAUAAUGCAUUCCUUGGAUCAGGAACAUUUAGUAAGACUUUAUGGUGUUGUACUGGACGUAGAAAACUCGCUCAUGUUGGUGACGGAGCUAGCACCUCUGAGGUCUUUAUCAGAGUGUUUAAAAGAGCACAGUUUAAGGUCAUAUUUUCCAGUCAUACAGUUGUGUGAUUUUGCGGUCCAGAUUGCGUCUGGUAUGAGAUACUUGCAUAGUAAAAAUGUCAUUCAUAGAGACCUCGCUACUAGAAAUAUACUUGUUUUCUCCAAGGAUUGUGUGAAGAUCAGUGAUUUUGGAUUAUCAAGAGCUCUUGGAGUCGGAAAAGAUUACUACCAAACUAAUUUUAAUGUUAAUUUAAAACUGCCUUUAGCCUGGUAA